UUAGGCGCUGGUGCGGGGGUUGCGGCCACAUUUCUUGCGUCGUUCGUGUCCAUCCUCCUCUGCGCUGGUGCCGCUGAACAAACCUGCGGACAUCGCGCUGCUGACCGCCAGGGGGGCGGGGGAUGCCGGGCUGCCGCAUCAGCGCCUGCGGCCCCGGGACCCAGGAAGGGGCGGCGGAACCCGGGUCUCCGCCGCUGCCGCCCCGGGAGCCCCUGCCAUCCCCUCAGCCCCCGCCCCCAACCCCGACCUUGACCCCGACCCCUACCCCAACUCAGGCCUCGUCUCUGCCAGAGGCGACCCCCGCGUCGGUGGGCUUGGCCGAGGGGCCAGAGCUGCAGCGCUGGCGCCAGAGCGCUGACGGGGGUGCUGGGGGCACCGGGCUGGCAGGGGGCGCGGGCGGCGGCCGGGGCGCGGCGGGGGCGGGGGGCCGCGCACUGGAGCUGGCCGAAGCGCGUCGGCGACUGCUGGAGGUAGAGGGCCGCCGGCGCCUAGUGUCGGAGCUGGAAAGCCGCGUGCUGCAGCUUCACCGCGUCUUCUUGGCGGCCGAGCUGCGCCUGGCGCACCGCGCUGAGAGCCUGGGCCGCCUGGGCGGUGGCGUGGCCCAGGCCGAGCUCUACCUGGCGGCGCACGGGUCGCGUCUCAAGAAGGGCUCGCGUCGCGGUCGCCGCGGCCGCCCGCCCGCGCUGCUCGCCUCGGCGUUGGGUCUGGGUAGCUGCGUACCCUGGGGUACUGGACGCCUGCGGCGGGGCCACGGCCCAGAGCCGGACUCGCCCUUCCGCCGAAGUCCGCCCCGCGGCCCCGCCUCCCCCCAGCGCUGACCUCAGCGCCGCGACCCCUGGCUACCCCCAACAGGCUGUCACAGAGGUGUCACGACGAAGGAUUGAGGACGUCAGCUGGAUGAACGGCGUCACCAACGCGGAUGGAUGGACUGAUCGACCACAGGAAGAGACAGUCGGGGGGCCGGGGGACCAGUAAAGUAGGCUGAGCUUUGCUCAGAGUACAGCCUGACUUAGAUAACCAGUAUUUGGCAACUGCCUGAAGCCUCACCUGCUCUCCUAGGGGACCCCCUCCCAACCUGUCUCUAAAAUGGCUCUGCCAGGGAUGGAGCCAGGUGACAUCUUUUAACAGGCUCCAAGGGGGCAGCUCCUCCCAGUAACUCAGAGCCUGCACUCUAUGGAUCUGAACUCCUGGAUUCUGUUCCUUCCCUGAGCACCUCCUCCAGGAAGACUUCUGCAGUCGACCCUACACAACUUCACACGAGCCCUUUGUUUUAACAGAGGCGAAGGGCUGGGAUCUGGGGAAGUUGCGUGUACCAUGCGUUUCUUGAUGUGUGCCGCAUUCAACUCUGGCUUAUGCUAUGUAAUCAGAAGUGUUCCUACAGGUCCGUGAGACACAGUCAGGUUCUUUAAGAGUGCGGUGAACAUUUCCAAUAUAAAAGUGGAAAGGAUUUCUUUUAAAAUAUAGUCAUUGUUCUUAAGUCACAACACAGCUUGGUAGCUGCCAUUGCUUCUCAGUCUAACAGCUUGGAGACCUGUUUGAGGGAAACCGGUUUGAGAAAUCCGUCUUCCUCAUUCAUUGCCUUUGCCCUGUCCCUGUGGGAGCAUGCCUGUGGCCCGCAGGUGACCAGCUCUGGCUCCUGGGGGGACACCUCUUUCUCAGAAAGAGGUAGUGGCCACGUCAAAAUUCUAAGCAAAGUUAGAUAUGAGCGAAGGAACCACACUUAUUCAAAUAUCCGGAUAAUAGAAGGGGGCCAUAUUUACUCACAUACAAUCCAGAACUUGUAGAAUUCUGCAGAAUGAGUGUGUACUGAGUCAAUCCCCUGAUUCAUACAGGCAGGAAGAAUAAAUUUCAAUAAUGCGGCACAAACACAU